AUGAAGGGCAAACUUGCAAAGUUUUUCAGUAAACUUUCUACUGACAAAUUUCCGAAAGAUAGCGAAGGUCGUCGACUUAAUGAACCUAAACGUGAAGUAACACCAAAAGCUUCCUUUCCAGAUUUGCCUCUGAGAGCAACCCGUGAAGCCCCAUCCGAAGUAUCUAUAAAAGCCAGUGAAGCUGCUCUCAGUCGAAUUGCGGCACAAAAGACACCACAUAAGACCUCAAUUCAAAGAAGAAUAGAGGCCGAAAAUGCUCAGUUGAAAAAGCAAUUACAGGAAGCUGAACACAUUACCUCGCAAUUUCAGCAAACAGCAGUGAUUAGUGACACCGGUGGAGCACUUAAAAGAGUUCUUUUUUCUUGUUCCAAGUUGCUUGGCGAUGAAUUUACUGAUUCAUACGACAAAGUUGAUGCUGAAAUAGUAAAAGCACUACUAGAAGAAGCCCAGAAUGAUCCUGCUUCGGCUUACACUCUUCUUGUCAUUAGAAACAUCGCCGCUUCUCCCUUUCCUGCCGAUGUUGACCCAAAUAAUGAAAAUACCCCUGACAUUAGUGUCUUUCGCGAAAAACGAAAAAACAAUUUGGAAACUAUAAUCCGAAAUCUAAUAGAACACCCUGAUAACGAGAACUUCCGACGACUUAAAAUGGGCAACAAGUUAAUUGCCGAGUUAUUGCAAUUGGAAUAUGGCCAGAAAUUUUUUGAGACUUGCGGAUUCAUUGAAACGGAAGAAACUACUACCAUGGAAGAUGGAUCGGCUUCUUCGCUAAAACUUCUUGUUUUUCCCGCCGCACCAUCAGAAGAACAGACUUUACAGCUGAAAGAAAUGCUUGAGCUGUUAAAAUCCGGUGAAAAAAUAUUUCCGGAACUUGUUCGUGAUACAGCUGUCUUUCAAGCCAGUGGAAGGGAGGUGCGCGAAUUUUCGCAUGAUGAUCUCCCGCCGGAAUUCUUCGCCAUCAAUCUGAGCGAUUUUCGUCGCAUUAGAGAUAGUAUACGUCAAGUGACCUCUGAUAAACCCCUUCUCACAAAGGCCUCUCGAGAUCGACUCAAGAAGCUUAAUCGUCGCACUUUCCGUUACACGCUAAUUCGUGUUCGCCUACCGCAGAAUAAUCUACUUAUUCAGGCAACAUUCGCUACCUCCGAGACAGUGAAUGACGUUCGGAUUUGGUUGAGUGGUUGUCUUGCUGAUCCGUCCAUUGAGUACAGUCUCUAUGCGCCACCCGGAACUCUCCCUUCAACUGGAAACUCAAAUCGACCAGCUACAGCUCGAGUCCCACUCGAUGAGUGUGAAGAAACUUCCACAUUGCUUGACCUUAAUCUCUUCCCUUCUGUUAUUUUAAACCUCUCAUUAAAACCCAAUAUGCCAUCGAAUACAAUCAUUCAACUUUUGCCUGAACUGGAAGCUCGUGUUGUCCCCCUGUAA